GGAGUCUUAAUCGAGUCGGAUUCAGUGCAGUUUUGAACACGAGCGCGGUAGCACCAAUGUUCCAAGAUCGCUACACACACUUUCUGGCCUGGCUGGCUAUCGGCGGUGCCCUGCUGAUGGCGCAGGUGAACGCCUAUUCAGGCCUGAUACCGCCGGACCCAUCAAAUCCCGGCAGAUGCACUUAUCGGGGCGAUGUUUUGGAGUCGGGUGUCAACAACGGUAUCUCGCCCUGCCAGCGCCUGACAUGCAACGAGGACGGCUCCAUACUUAUCGAGGGCUGCGGCAAACUACGCAUUGAGAACUGCAAUCGAGGCGAGCGGAUCUACCAUGGCAAACCCUUCCCCGAGUGCUGUAAGCUGAAGUACAAGUGCAAGCAGAUCGGGGCUGCGCCCUACUACAUUGAGCGGGACACAGCGGAGCCGAUGUAGUUUCAGCAUCCAUAGCUCUUCGUAGAUGCAACAUAUGUAUACUCAGAAAAUUUUCUAAUUUAUUUUUUAACUUCUGAUAUAUUAUCAAUAAGCACUAUGUUUUGUUUUUUUUUU